GCUGGUUUAUAGGGGUGCGUGGAAAGCAUCGGUGUUUCCACAGAACAAACAUGGGCUCCAAACAAGAGAAGACUUACUACCGCUGGGACCCCACCAUGACAUUCGUGGACAGGGAGGAUGAGCUGGACUUUGAGUGCAUCGGAUACACGUCCCCACGCGCCCUCAUGUCCUGUGGUCACGCGGUCACACCCAUGUCUCUGACCCGCUGGUGUCGUCGGCUGUUGGAAGAGGGUCAUUAUAAAUUUGUGUGCGGCCAUCCAAACUGUAAAGAGUGGUCAUAUGAGGAGGUUCGCAAGAUGGCUCUUCUGACCCCUGAGGAGACAAAAUACUUUGAAAAUCAGCUGUUUGAAAAUGCUGCCAAGGGUUACAUGGAUGUCAAAUGUUGUCCUGGGUGUAAGUAUGAAACAGUGAGAACUGACCGCUGGAAUCUGUGUGUCAAAUGUACAGUGUGCACGGUGGUGAAGAAAAGGAAUUUCCACUUCUGUUGGCAGUGUCUGAAGGAGUGGACGGGUUCUGUCCGUUCUGUCUCAGACCACUGUGACAACGAAGGAUGCACCAACGAGCAGCUAGAACUGCUGAGAACCUGUAAGGAGAUCACCUUCCAAGAUGUGAAGGGCGUCACUGGAUGUCCCUCUGUCCGUGCAUGUCCCACCUGUGGUGAACUGGUGGAGCAUAACACCACAAAAUGCAAAAAUAUAGUCUGCAGCCAGUGUAAGAUGGAGUUCUGCUUUAUUUGCUUGAAACUCACUACAGAGUGUUUGCAGACAAGCUCUCAUUAUAAGCCAUGUUCCAGUGGGGUGGCCCCCAGACAGACCUCCAUACCAGUGAGGUCCAGUAAAUAAUAUAAACGCCGUCAGACUUAGAGUUAAUUUGUUUAAAAUAGCAGAAAAUAACAGAACUUCUCUUAUGUGUGGUUAAGUAACGUAAACAACAAUAUUACUGGUGUGUGUUAUAUAUUAUUCCUCAUUUUGUUUUGAUCAUUGUAGACUUUUAAUAUCAUUACAUUUAUGCAGACAACACAUACUUCACAACCAUAUUAAGACACAUAAGUAUAAGCAGCAACUGUGGUAACAUCAUUGUAACAUCCUUUCUUGUAACUUAUUCAUAACAAUAAAAUGUGUUCUCAUAUUAAAAAAUAUCCUGCACAGAACAAUGAUCAGAAUAGAACAAGUAGGACCAAGGGUACUGUAGUCCAACAGCAUAUUUAAAGACAUCAAUUGACAUUUGUUUGACCUUUCAAGGUCACUCAAGGUCAAAGGUCAUGGCACUAAAUGAAAGCCCAUAUGUGACUUCCUAUUAUUGCCAAUUGUAAUUAUACCAAUAUCUUCAACUGUUUUCAAGUUCUAGCACUUUGAAAUGUGUCCCAUUAUAAACCAAUGGGGAUUUUAAACAUUUAAAAAAUUAAAAAAUCAAUAUUUCCCAAAUCUUUGAACAAACUUGGUAGACCUUACUAAAGAUAUUCCACAACAAAUAUCAAGUCAUUCUGACUGACAGUUUCGGAGAAGAAGAUUCCUGAAAAAUUGUUUAUGGACAAUGUACGGCUGGACCACUGAUACCAGUAGUCCAUCAGACCUGUCAGGCCGUUGGACUAGAAAGGAAAAAUAAGAUCCACUGAUUAUGAUGUAAUUGUAUCAAAAACAAGAAUAAAAACAGAAAUAUUUACCAAUUGUGUUUUUAAAGUGUGUAUGUGAAUAAUGGGGAGAAAAGUGUUUUUACCGAACAUUAAGAUUUCACAGUGAAGUUGACCUUUGACUUUCUGAAUACAAAAUGUUAUUGUUUUAUCAUUUAUUCUAAAAUAUAUGUGUGUAGUCUCUGAUAAUUCAUGUGUGAAUUCUUUCAUUACAACCACACUAUCUUAACCUUUGACUUUUGGUUUUCAUAACUUUGUCAGCUCAUCCUUGAGGCCAGGACAUCUGUGCCACAUGUAAAAACAUUUUUUCACACAGUUUUUGUCAUAUCACUGUUUAAAUGAACGCACUGUGUUAUUAUACAGAUAAGGUUAAAACUAUAUCUGUAAGCAGUUUUAAAUGGCUCAAACUGUUAAUCAUCUCGGACAGUGAAUUAAAAAAGCUGUUUGCACAUUUCAUCAAGGAAACACAUACAUGAGUGCCAUAGAAUUUUAUUUUUAUUUGUUUAUUUAUAUAUUACAAUUUUAUGCCCAUUUCGUCCAAUAGAACAAUAAACAACUUUACACACAUUAUUGGCUCAGUGAUGUGGACAAAUUAUGACAUAAAAAUCCUAUAGAAAUUACAAAUUCAUUGGAUAAACUAACCACUAUGAAAGUAAU